AUGAUCAGGUGGAUUGUGCUUCUGUCUGUGUGUCUGAAUGUCAUCUCAGCAACAUUUGACUACGUUUUCACAGACCCAGAGGACGUGCUGAGUGUUGGUAUUCCUCUGGAAGGGCCACAGCGCCCUCUACUGGGAGCAACACUGACAUUACCGUGUUACUUCGAGGACCACACUGUCCCAGACCCAGGAGCUCCAACCAUCGCUCCCCUCUCUCACCGCAUCAAAUGGAGCCUCGUCACCAAAGAAAAGGUCACGACCAUCUUAGUGGCCAUGGAAGGACAGGUGCGUAUCAGCGAGAGCUACCUGGACAGGGUUAAUCUGGUGGGCUACCCUGCAACCCCGACGGACGCUACCAUCCAGAUAUCCGAACUACGGUCCAAUGACACGGGAGUCUACCGCUGUCAGGUUCAGCAUGGCAUCGAGGACAACCACGAUGACGUCAGUGUGCAAGUUCAAGGUAUGGUGUUCCACUACCGGGCCAUCAUGGGCCGCUACAGUCUGACCUUUGAGAAGGCGAAGGAUGCGUGUUCCCAGAACAGUGCAGUCCUGGCUUCACCUGAACAGCUUCAAGCAGCUUACGAUGAUGGUUUCCACCAAUGUGACGCUGGAUGGCUCUCUGAUCAGACAGUCAGGUACCCAAUCCAUGAUGUACGUGUGAACUGCUACGGUGACAAAGAGGAACUUCCUGGGGUCAGGACUUAUGGAGUGAGAGAGCUCAAUGAGACUUAUGAUGUCUACUGCUUUACUGAGAAGAUGACAGGCAGAGUUUUCUACACUGCCGCAGGGGAAAAGUUCACCUUCGAUGAGGCUGCGGAGGCGUGCUCUAAGCAGGGGGCUCAACUGGCCACCACAGGUCAGCUGUACCUGGCCUGGCAGGGUGGGAUGGACGUCUGUAACGCUGGCUGGCUGGGAGACAGGAGCGUCCGCUACCCCAUCAACGUCCGACGGCCGCAGUGUGGAGGAGGUCUGCUGGGAGUGCGAACUGUUUACCUCCACACCAACCAGACAGGAUACCCAUUUCCUGAGUCUCGCUAUGAUGCAUUCUGCUACACAGGUAAGUCUUCAUUUAUUCAUUUGAAGAAGUUAAGUGAUGAAGACGGCUCAGGCAUCAUAGAAGAGGGAAGUGGCGUGUUGAGUGUUACCACAGUGACACAGAGCCCGGAGGUGUUCUUCAGGAGGACGACCACAGAGAGCGAGGCGGUUGGAGAGGUGGAGACUCAGCAGCCCACCGUCGUGGACUUCAGCUUCACAGUGAGCCCCACCGAGCUGCCGCUACCUCAGCCCCCCAGCGUCACGGAGGUCAUCACCGAGUGGAUACAGCCAGUCACCGCCCGGCCCGACGUGGCCAGGGAGCCCAGCAAAGGCUUUGUGAUGCCUUCAACUGGUGUGGUUUUCCAUUACCGCUCAGGAUCUGGUCGCUAUGUCUUCACCUUCAUUGAGGCCCAGCUGGCCUGCCAGAGUGUCGGUGCCACCAUUGCCGCCCCGGAGCAGCUCCAGGCAGCAUAUGAGGCUGGAUAUCACCAGUGUGAUGCAGGAUGGCUCCGGGACCAGACUGUCAGGUAUCCCAUUGUUUUCCCUCGCGAUAAGUGUGCUGGAGAUUUGGAAGAUCAACCUGGAGUUCGGUCUUAUGGUCUGAUGCCAGCAGAUGAGAGAUUUGAUGUGUACUGCUACGCUGAUGGGCUAAAAGGUGAGGUUUUCCAUGUUGCCUCCGCUGAGGGUUUCACUUACGACGAGGCUGCUUCUAGCUGUCAAGAGCAGAACGCCAUCCUGGCCUCCACCGGCGAGCUCUACGCAGCCUGGAGACUGGGUUUCGACAAGUGCCGUGCCGGCUGGCUCUUGGAUCGUAGCGUCCGUUAUCCCAUUAACAACCCUCGCACUGAGUGUGGAGCGGGGAAGACGGCAGUACACACUGUGUACGCUCACCGCAACCAGACCGGCUACCCUGACCUUCACGCCAGAUUUGAUGCAUACUGUUUCAGAGCUGAUAUUACACUUAUUGCAAAUGAAACUGGGCUGAACAUCACAGAAAUCCAGGAGGCCCUCGUGAACCUGACGUCAGUUACUGAUUUAUUGAGGCCUGCUGUUCCCUCCAUUGUCCAACCCAUCCCUGUGGAGCCUUCAGGCUCUGGUUCAGGCUCAGCAGACUUUGGCUCAGGGUCUACGGCUGAUAGCGGCUCUGGGGGUCACUCUGGAGACAUGUCUGGAUCUGGAGACUUGACUGGUUCUGGACACCCGUCUGGUUCAGGAGACCAGGGCAUCUCUGGAGACUUGUCUGGUUCUGGACACCCGUCUGGUUCAGGAGACCAGGGUAUCUCUGGAGACAUGUCUGGUUCUGGACACCAGUCUGGUUCUGGACACCAGGUCAUCUCUGGAGACUUGUCUGGUUCUGGAGAUCAGGUCAUCUCUGGAGACUUGUCUGGUUCUGGACACCAGGUCAUCUCUGGAGACUUGUCUGGUUCUGCACACCAGUCUGGUUCUGGAGAUCAGGCCAUCUCUGGAGACUUGUCUGGUUCUGGAGACUUGUUUGGCUCUGGAGAUCCGUCUGGCUCCGGAGACCUGGUCGGCAGUACAAGUGCAGAGCUGCCCAGUGGAGCAUCGGGUCUUACCAGUGUAGAUGUUUCUGGAUCAGGACUCAGUGGAGAAGGAUCCGGCAUCACUGUCAGCUUUUCAGGCAUUGACAGCAUACUGUCUGGAGAAGGUUCAGCUUCAGGACGACUACAAGAAGCCGAAGAGGGAAGCACAGAGAUCCUUAUCUUCCCCUCAUCUGAAGCAGGCUCUGGAGUGCUCAGUGGUAGCGGGGACAGGUCUGGAUCUGGCAGUGGAUCCGGUUUAGACUCUGGCAUGUCAUCUGGUUUCAUGACCAGCCGGGACUUUUCCGGGUUCAGUGGUUACCCAUCAGGAUUCUCUGGCUCUGGAAGUGCCAGUGGACAGUCAGGAGAUGUUUCAGGAAGCGGAAGCGCUCAGAUAUCACUCAUAGAUGAGGAACUGGUCGAUGUGUCCACAAGUAUCACCCACAAGGAGUAUGAGCUUGGUGGAGGCCUUCUGGCAUUCAGUGGCUCAGGAUCCGGGGUUCUCAGCGGGGAUCUCAGUGGCUCGGCCUCUGGGAGUGGCUCUGACGUCUUCUCGGGUGUUAGCUUUUUGGGGUCGGGCCUCAUUGACUUAACAGAGUCGUCUUCUACGGAGCAAGAGGCCUCUGGGGUUUCCUCGGGUGUUAGCUUUUUGGGUUCGGGCUUCACUGACCUUACAGAGUCGUCUUCUACGGAGCAGGAGGCCUCUGGGGUUUCCUCGGGUGUUAGCUUUUUGGGUUCGGGCCUCAUUGACCUAACAGGAUCGUCUUCUACGGAGCAGGAGGCUUCUGGGGGUUUCUCGGGUGUUAGUUUUUUGGGUUCGGGCCUCAUUGACCUAACAGGAUCGUCUUCUACGGAGCAGGAGGCUUCUGGGGGUUUCUCGGGUGUUAGCUUUUUGGGUUCGGGCCUCAUUGACCUUACAGAGUCAUCUUCUACGGAGCAGGAGGCCUCUGGGUUUUUACUCUACAGCUCUGGACAGGGAAGUGGUGGACUUGUGUCAGGAUUUGGAAGCUCGGGCUUCCACUCUGGGUCUGGAUCAGGAAUGUCUGGACUGGAGUCCUCAGCGAGCGGGGAAGAAGGCAGUGUUACAUUCUUGAGUGGGGAUUUUACGACAGGGGUAUCCGGAGGCAAUUCAGUGGCUAUGGAGAUCGGACAAGGGUCGGUGGAGUACAGCGGAGAAGGAAGCGGCAGCAGCGGCAGUGGCUUCUACUCCGGCAGCGGAGAUACCCGCUUGUCCACGUCCAGCGGCAUUUCCUCAGGAGCUCCCUCUGGAGAUCUUCCACAGGUGAUGAUGCCCUCUCCAUCCAGUGAGUGGGCACUGACAGAGACCAGCACCACAGGACCAGAGCAGACCCUGAGUGAAGUUCAACAUGAGACCCCCAGCCUUGCACUUGCCCCUGCAGGAUUGGCUGCUCCUCCUACUGUGCAGGCACCAGCUUCUGUGCAGGCACCAGGCGUUGUGGAAGAAGCUGAGUUGGUUGAAGGUGGCCUUAACCCAUGUGAACCUAACCCCUGCGGUACUGCCUCAUGUACAGUAGAGGAUAGGGUCGCUGUCUGCCAUGAGGUAGAUGUGUGCCAUUCCAACCCUUGCGCCAAUGGAGCCACCUGUGUGGAGAGUGCAGACUCUUACAAAUGCUUAUGCCUGCCCAGCUACGGAGGGAAACGCUGUGAGAUCGAUGAGCAGCUGUGUGAAGAAGGUUGGACUAAGUUUCAGGGGAACUGCUACCUUCACUUCCCCGACAGAGAAGUUUGGGAGGAUGCUGAGCAGCGCUGCCGCGACCUGAACGCACAUCUGGUCAGCAUCAUCACACCGGAGGAGCAAACCUUCGUCAACUCGAACGGACAGGACUACCAGUGGAUCGGGCUGAACGACAAAACAGUAGAGGGCGACUUCCGCUGGACAGAUGGCACUCCUCUGCAAUAUGAAAACUGGAGGCCGAACCAGCCCGAUAAUUACGUUAACUCCGGAGAAGACUGUGUGGUGAUGAUUUGGCACGAGAGCGGCCAGUGGAACGACGUGCCCUGCAACUACCACCUGCCAUUCACCUGCAAGAAAGGACCAGUGUCCUGCGGCGCUCCGCCAGAGGUGGACAACGCUCACAUGUUUGGUAACAGGAGGGAAGAGUAUCCCGUCAACUCCAUCAUCCGCUACCAGUGCAACCCAGGCUUCACACAGCGCCACCCACCGGUAGUUCGCUGUAAGGCCGACGGACAGUGGGAGAAGCCGCAGGUGCAAUGUACUGACGCUCUGCUACUCCUUUAUUAUUCCCGGGGUCUCGGUAGCAUUUAUGAGCCUUUGAUUGAUGGGACAUUGAGGAGGCCCAGCAGCAUCAGACUGGAGCUCCACUGCGGAUAUCUUAUUAACCUCUCGCUGCUGUCGAGUGCUGAUUCAAACCGGAUUGAGCCUACGCAAAAUCACCAACGCAUCAUCUCGCCCGACAAUUAUGAAUACUAA